GACAGAGCCGGCUGGGAGAGAAUCCAUUUACCAUUUACCAAAGGCAGCGAGCACAUCUAAGACUCAGUUCUCAUGUGUGACUAUAAGUCUAGUACAUCAUUACCCUAAGGAUAUCACCAUUUAGAAGUUUUCAACAUCAGCUUAGUUUGUCCUUUUUCAUCUGAUUCUUAAACAGAGGACACAUCUUUCUUUCAAGUUACUUUUGUGGCCAAAUUAAGCAAAUGGCUGGAAGUAAUUAUGGCAAAAAAUUUAUGAAAUGCCCCAACUGUUCCUCUUCUCAGAAAGAUGAACCUUCUGUAUGUACCUGUAAAUUAGUUCAGCCUCUAGUUUCAGACACGGAAAUAUCAGAGUCAUCAAGCAUUAGUAGUGUAGAAUUAACAGGCCAAAAAGAGAAAAAAAAAGGAAAAAAACAUUUUAAAGAGAAUACUUCUGCAACAGAUUUGGCCUUAAGAAUCUCAAACAUAGAGAAAAAAAUGUCUCAACAGUGGAAUCGGGCCAACAUUACAGAAGGAAAAGUUCCUCACACAAGGAUAGAUAAUGGAGCUCUUAUUGAGGAAAUCUAUACGUUUGGCAGAACACUGGGGAAAGGGAGCUUUGGACUGGUCAUUGAAGCUACAGACAAGGAAAAAGGAACUAAGUGGGCAAUUAAAAAAGUGAACAAAGAGAAGGCUGGAAGUGGUGCUGUGAAGUUACUUGAACGAGAGGUGAACAUCCUAAAAAGUGUGAAACAUGCACACAUCAUACAUUUGGAACAAGUGUUUGAGACUUCUAAGGAAAUGUACCUUGUGAUGGAGCUUUGUGAGGAUGGAGAACUCAAAGAAAUUCUGAAUAAAAAGGGGCAUUUCUCUGAGAAUGAGACCAAGCGGAUCAUUCAAAGUCUUGCAUCAGCUAUUGCAUAUCUGCACAGUAAUGAUAUAGUACACAGAGAUCUGAAACUGGAAAACAUAAUGGUUAAAAGCAGCUAUAUUAAUGAUAAAAAUGAAAUGAAUUUAAACAUAAAGGUAACCGACUUUGGCCUAGCAGUGAGGAAGCAUGGUAGGAAUGAAUCCAUGCUGCAGACCACGUGUGGCACACCUAUCUAUAUGGCCCCAGAAGUUAUCAAUGCCCAUGACUAUAGCCAGCAGUGUGACAUUUGGAGCAUAGGUGUCAUCAUGUACAUUUUAUUAUCUGGAGAACCACCUUUUAUGGCAGUCUCAGAGGAAAAGCUCUUUGAGUUAAUAAAGAAGGGAGAACUGCAUUUUGAAGAACCAAUCUGGGACUCCAUCAGUGAAAGUGCUAAAAGUGUGUUGAAACAACUUAUGAAAGUAGAUCCUGCUCACAGAAUUACAGCUAAGGAACUAUUAGAUAACCACUGGUUAACAGGCAAAAUAGCUGCUUCAAUGAGACGAAGCAAUGUGUUAGAAAUGAUGAAGGAGUGGAAAAAUCGCCCAGAAAGUGAUGAGGAAAACAUAACAGAUGAAAAGGGUUACAAUCCUGCUCAAGAAAAAUCAGGAAGUGACCAAAUCAAAGGAAAUGACCAUAAUAUCAUUAGCCCUACAAAUGAAGAGGAGGCUGAUCAGACAUCCUACUAG